UAAUUGCUUUGUAUGAUAUGAUGAUCAUUAUAUUUUUUUCUUUCUGGCUGUUGCUUAAAUAAGUUGUUUGGGGGUUUUUGCUUAAUUUAUGGUUACUUUAUCAGCGUUCGUGUGAGGGGGCUUUAUCUGAUGCUGCGAAACUAUUCUGUCUAGUUCAUAGAUGGGAUCUGUUUCCUGUUGAACUGCAUUUGUACUGAAUAAUGUUAAAUUUUCGUUUAUGUGUGUGUAUUGGGCUCCAAAGUUGUUUUUGGGACCUAAUUUUCCUUCUCAUGGGAAUUAUGAAAUCAAAUGCAGUUUGGCACCGGGGGUUGUUAAUUGGUUGUAAGGCUCUUUUUUUUUUUUGCAUGCUAUAUAAACUUGAUUAAAAUAACACGAAAAGGCCGGAUAAGUCUUAUUUAUUACACGAAGCAAUGGUGUAAAGUGAGAACUUGUAUCACUCCUCUUGCUGUGGGAGUGCAGUGGAUGUGGAAUUUUAUGCUAACUAAACAGGGCAUGCUACUUCCCAUUAUGUAUUAUUGGAAAUAUUUAUUCCCGAAAAGGUUAUAUGUGUUCGGUGCUUUUAGAGUUCUCGUCCAUACAAAUUUGAAAUGAAGUUUUUUAGUACGUUAGACUCAUUGAUGAGUUAUGAUUCUUGGAGAAGCAUCAGGAUGUCACAGGGUCUCUUUGAUGGAAUCCAGUAUACACAUAUUACUUGCCAAGUUUACCUUACAAAACAUAGUUUCCUGAACCAUGUAUAGGGAGCGACACCAGCAUAACUGUGCACAUGAUGAAAAACUUGAUGGUUGAACGACUUGCUGGGAUGAUACAAAAGAGCAAGCACUUAGUGGUGUUUACUGGAGCGGGAAUAUCAACUUCUAUUGGUAUACCUGAUUUUCGUGGUCCCAAGGGUAUCUGGACCCUUCAGCGCCAGGGCAAAGCAUUGCCAGAAGCAUCUCUACCUUUCCAUCGUGCGACACCAAGCCCAACUCAUAUGGCAUUGGUUGAACUUGAGAAGGCUGGUCUCCUGAAGUUCCUUAUCAGCCAGAACGUUGAUGGCCUCCAUAUUCGUUCUGGAAUACCAAGGGAAAAACUUGCUGAAUUACAUGGAAACUCCUUUAUGGAACUAUGCCCAUCCUGCGGAGCUGAAUAUAUGAGGGACUUUGAAAUUGAGACUAUUGGAUUGAAGGAGACCGCACGCCGUUGUUCCAAAGCCGGUUGCUGUGCAAAAUUGAGGGAUACUGUUCUUGACUGGGAGGAUGCUUUGCCACGUAAGGAGAUGGAUCCUGCAGAAAAGCACUGUAAAAUGGCUGAUGUUGUCUUAUGCCUAGGGACAAGUUUGCAGAUAACUCCUGCGUGUAAUUUGCCCCUAAAGUGUCUCAGGGGUGGUGGAAAGAUUGUAAUUGUGAAUCUUCAGAAAACCCCCAAGGACAAGAAAGCAAGCCUGGUGAUCCAUGGACUUGUAGAUAAGGUGAUUGCAGGAGUCAUGAACAUGCUCAAUAUGUGUAUCCCUCCAUUUGUUCGAAUUGAUCUUUUUCAGAUCAUUUUAACUCAGGCCUUAAGUCUAGAUAAAAAAUAUGUGAACUGGACCCUCAGAAUAGCCAGUGUACAUGGGAAGCAGGCACCUUUGCCUUUUGUUAGAUCUGUUGAGGUCUCCUUCUCCGAAAGUUUAAACAUGAAGGCAGCAGUUCUGCACAAUCAACCUCUUCAUCUAAAAAGGAGGACUGUGAGGAGCACAAAACCUUUUGAUAUUAUUUUGAAAAUGAACUUCAGCCCUGGUUGCAAGUGUUUGUACACUAAGCUCAAGAUCCCAGUUGAUUUUGAGGUUUCAACAGACGUUGUCAAGGAAGAGAGGGAUUCCAUUAUUCAGAAGCUCAAGGACCGAGCCAUCAAGGAUCCAUGUUGCGGGCAGACAGCAGUAGUCGAAAGGCGGGCCAUUUUAGUUCCGAAAAGUGAAGUUAUUGUCCAUGCAAUUGUUACAAACAUUAUUGAAUACGGCAGUUCUUCAGGCGAUUCUGAAGCGUCAUCUCUUGGUAACGUCUCACUUAAGAGGAAACAUGAAGUUAAGCUUGACAGCGGGAUAUCUUGGAAACGAACAAAGGCAAGAAAACAAAACAGUAGACAUAGAAGGUGACUUUGUUGUAACUUAAGCUGUGUAAAUAUGUGGUAGGAUUUGACACAAUUAGGAGGUUUCUUUUCCUUUUAAUGCUAGAUUUUCUUUGUUUCUUUGAGGAGUUAAAGAGUGGGGUCUGAGAGUAUUUUUGGUAGAUGGCACACUCAGUCCACCUGAUAGGUAACUGGAGAAUAUACAUAAUGUCUCAAUUUUGUAGAUUUCAGACUUUUGGUAUAUCAUAUUAACUGUCUAUAUUGUACUU